UCCAUCGAGCCAACAACAUCACCAAUCGAUCGAAACAGCGAAACACCUAAGGGAUCGUCCUAGCGAAGCAAAUCGACAUGGCGAGCGGCACGAGGGGUGUCGCCGCGGCGACUAUCUCGCUCGCCGUCCUGCUCCUAGUCUUUUGCUUCUCGCCCAGCACGGCCGCCGCCGCCGCCGUCCCCAGCAUCGACGCCACGUGGACGCGCCACCUGCCGCUGCCACGCGGACUGCUGCGCGGCCCGGAGAGUGUCGCCUUCGACGCCAAAGGCCAGGGUCCAUACAGCGGCGUGUCCGACGGCCGCGUGCUUAAGUGGAACGGCGACACGCUCGGCUGGUCGACGUACACCUACAACCCCGACUACAGCAGCGAGGCGUGCACGGCGUCUCUCCUUCGCCCGGAGACUGCCACCGAGGGCCACUGCGGCCGGCCGCUCGGUCUGCGGUUCCACCUCAAGUCCGGGUACCUGUACAUCGCUGACGCCUACAAGGGGCUCAUGAGGGUCGCGCCAGGCGGCGGGGAGGCGACUGUGCUUGUCACGGAGGUUGACGGCGUACCUCUCCGCUUCACCAACGGGGUGGAUAUCGACCAGGUAACCGGCGAGGUCUACUUCACGGACAGCUCCAGGAAUUACAAUAGGUCGCAACAUGAGAUGGUGACAAGAACCGGAGACUCGACGGGUCGGCUACUCAGGUAUGACCCACGGACAGGAAAGGCCGUCGUGCUCCAGGCCGACGUCACUUACCCCAAUGGCCUCGCCAUCAGCGCUGAUCGAACACAUCUAAUUAUCUCAUCGACCGGGCCGUGUAAGCUGCUACGAUACUGGAUCAAGGGCUCCAAGGCGGGCACCAUGGAGCUAUUCGCCGACCUCCCUGGCUAUCCAGACAAUGUGAGGCCCGACAAGAAAGGAAGAUACUGGGUGGCACUACACCGUGAGAAGGCUGAGCUCCCCUUUGGCGUUGAUAGCCACCUGCUAGCAUUGAGGAUUGAUGCCGAUGGAAAAAUAAUCGAGGAGAUGCGGGGACCGAAGGGUGUGAGGCCAACCGAGGUGGUGGAGAGGAAAGGUGGCAGACUGUUCAUGGGAUCCGUCGAGCUUCACUAUGUGUCCGUCGUCACGCGCAAAUAGAGAAAUCAAUUAGUAGAGAUGUAUGAGUUAGGAUAGGUUUUGAUAGGACAUGGCCUUUUAAUUUUUUUGUUAUGAUUUUGUCUUGACUAUUUUAUUUGUAAGACUGUUAGUCUAUUAUAUUAAUAUAUAUGAUUUUACUAA